AUUUUGCGUUUUCUUGGUGUAAUUAUUAGUAUUAAUUAUAUAAAUUCAGUGCGUUGAUUCUUCUUAUAUAACUAAUGGCGGUCUAAUUUACAUAAUUAUGUUUCAAUUGAACAACAAUCCCUGGUGAUCCCUAUUAACUGUGAACCACAGUCUGUGAUUUUAAGCUUGGUGAUUUUUUUGUACCUCUGCUCUUUUGGUUUUUGAUAAAUUUUAUCACUGUUUAUUUAUUUAUUUAUUUACUAAUUUAAUGUGUGAACUCUGCUGUCGCUUCAUCUUCAUUUGAAUCGUGUCUUUAUUAGUUUGCAUUUGCAAUUAUCAAAAUGCUUGGUACAACAGUAGUCCCAGCUGAUUACGAGAUUGGUAAAAUACCUGAUGAGUUGAGUCACCAUCCCUUACCAUUGAUCUAUUUUGCCGGUCUCAAUAUUAAUUCAAAUCAAACUCAUCAUUAUGUGUGGGAAACAUUUGCUAACAAACGAGCCCCUGAUAGAACACCCAUGCAAUACAGACUUAUGGACAAUGAUUGUAUGAUUCCACCCUCAAAGCAAAAGAAAUCCACAUAUGAUUGGUAUGUUCCCAAAGGCAUUCUCAAGACUAAUUGGUUAAUUAAACAUCUUCACGAGGUGCCGUCGGUCGCUGUCUUGUGCGUUGAAUUGGAUUGGGAUGAUGUCAACUUUAACACUAGAAAGCAAGAAUGUGUCAACCAAGUUGAAGCUUUGCGAGGCCAAUUCAUCAAUCGUAGUUGCCGAAUUGCUUUGGUUCUGUUGCAAAAAAGUUUAACCAUUCCAAUCGAAGAUGCGAUGACAACUGAAAGAGCUUCUAAUUUAUGUGAAGCAUGUGAUAUCAAUGCAACAUCUCUGUUUGUUUUACCUUACCAAGACAGUCAACAUUUUCUUGGGUAUAUUUAUCGAAUGGAAGCGGCCUUCUUCGAGCUUUCAAGUUCCUACUAUCAGCAAGAAAUGAAGUUCAUUCGAAGUCACCGGGAUCAAUUAAAUAAAACAAACCACGGACUUUUAUUUGUUAGGCAUCAGUUCAAAUUAGGAUUUUUCUCCGAGAUGAGACAAGAUUUCCAAGGAGCCAUAAAGAAUUACAAACAAGCUUAUGCUAAUUUAAUGGAAAUUCGUUCCUCAUUAACUAACAUCUAUGAAAUCAUGGUCAUAGCGGGUUUUAUAAAUUAUAAGGUCUGCCGAUUAUUGUUCAAUCAGAAUGAUCCGAGAGAAGCUAUAGCUCAUUUUCAAAAACAUAUUAAUAUAUUUAAAAGCAAAGAUGAAACACCCGAAUUAGAAUUUGAACAUUUCGCAUGGCUUUCGAAACAGUUUUCUAUAUUUGGUGAUCUUUUCGAUGCUGCAAUUGCCUCCGGUUUAGUACCUGGUCAAAUUCAACAUCCUGGAUAUUAUUAUUAUGAAUCUGCUCUAUUAGCUAUCAAACGUCAAGCUGCUAUCGAACCAUUUCGAGAAAGAGUUCAGUUUAUCAACAAAGAUACUGCAUUGGUUCUUAUCGAGGAAGCUUUAAGGAUUGAGUUUUAUGGGCAGAGACCUUGGCGGCCAGGAUGCCAAAGUUUAAAUCCACUCGAUCCUGAGAAAGAAAGAGAAGGAAUCAAAGUGCUUCAAUAUCAUGAAUUAGUUUAUAUUAAUCAUUCUACUUUAAUUAUAAAUUUGCUCAAAGAUGCAAUGAAUCAAUUUAAAAGGAAUAAGUGCCCUCGAAUGAUGCGAUUCAUGACCGUCUUGAUAGCACAACAAUAUUACGACGUAAAUGAUUAUCCCAAUUGCCUAACUCACCUCAAUCAGGUUUUACCCUUUUAUCGAACCGAAAAAUGGAAACAAAUUCUAGUCUCAAUAUUGACCACAGCUUUCAAUGCUGCCUAUUCAUCUGCCAACUUAACUGAAUUUGUUAAACUUGGUUUUGAAUUUUUGUCAUCAUGGAUACCAGCAGAGUUAGAAUUUAAGAAAUCUAUUCAGGAAUCCAUCUUAAAAGUUCUUUCACUGCAAUCACCCCUAAAUCUGAAAAACUCAGAGGAAAAUAUUGAUGAAGCCUGGCAAAAGAUGUUUAUUGAGGGAACUUAUGAUACACAAAUUACCAUCAAAAUGAAUCCAAUCGUUCCAUUCAUCGAAAUCAAACCCGUAUUCUCCCAAAAAGCUUACAAAUGGCAAGAAAAUGUUCAUUUGAAACUCUACAUGCUUCUCAAUGCUCCAAUGCCGAUGAAUUUUGAUAAAUUAAGUUUAACAUUCGACAAAAGCUAUUACAAUCAAUUUUGUAAUUAUUGUCCAUCUCCGAAAUCAAGCAUAGAUGGUGAUACUAACGACAAUGCAUUAUUGCAUUUUGAACCUAUGGUGAUGAAAUGUUUUGAAUUUAAUUUUGAAGCUAGAAUCGAGGAUUACGGUAAACAGCUUGAGAUUACAGAAAUAACACUUUUUAUGAAUGAUAAUCCGAUCAAAGUGACUUUUAAUUGGAUCAACGAAAAUCCCAGUGAUAAUAAUAAAUGUUUCAGUCACAAUUCGUGUUUUUCAUCUUCACCAUCAUUAACUUCAUCGUCAACAUCAUCUAUAUCGUCUUAUCCACCCAAGUUUUAUCAUAUCACACCAACUUUAACUACAUUCCUUGAACCUCGUAAACCAAUAGUUGAUUUAUCCUUAGUGAACGCAUCUCCAGCUUUGCUUCAUGAAAUGUACCCAAUCAAGAUAGUCAUUGAAAACAAAGAUGAAUACAGUAUAAAAGAUAUUUCAUUAACAAUCGUAAAGAUGGAGGAAGCGGCUGAAACCCAAACCGUCUCGUUUAUUCUUGAUGGUUUUCCUUUGGCUUUGGGUACUGCGCAAAAAUUGACCGAGUCAAUGAUUGAUCCUGGAACAAGUUUGAUCAAAAUUGUUUACCUUCCAAUAAGUGAUCUUAAUUCUCAACGUUUCAUGUUCUCUGUUCUUUUUUCCGUCAACUCAGCUGAAUCUACAGCCAUCUCUUCUGGUCCCAAUCUUUUAAAGGAAAUCGUCUCUAUACAGGCUAUUAAUCCGUUCAAUAUAUCUUUCACAACUUGCACUCCUUUAAAUACUCCUUCACGGGUUAUAAGAUUAAUGGAACCAUUCGUUUUAAAAGCUGAUAUUACCUGUUUAUCCCCUUUACCUCUAGAAUUGAUUGAUUGCAAUGUUGAAUUAAAUCAAAAUAUUUUCCACACUUUGCCAUACAUACCAACAACUCUGAACAAACUACUCCGUUCAGAUGAUCGCACUGAAUGUCAUUUUGCUCUCUAUUCUGAGAGUCAGAUUACUCAAGAAACUGGCCUUGGUGUAUUAGUUAUCCGCUGGAAAAAAUCGACCACUUCUAAUCACAACUCGAAUACUGAAUCAACAGAAGAAGAUGGCUGUCAAAUAAACAAAAUUAAAUUUACUCUGCCUGCAAUAACCGUUCAAAAUAGUUACCUUUAUGUUGAAACUAAAUUACCAGAAUUUGGCACUACACGAGAAAGUCUUUUAUUAACCUACAAUUUAGCUAAUCGGACUGAUGAUUUACUGCCGCUUUCCUUGAGUUUGGACAAAAGUGAUAAUUUCAUGUUCGCUGGUAACUGUUCGGUUAAAUUUUCCAUUCCAGCUAAAUCUCAAUCAACUCAAUUAUUUGUCUUAUACCCUUUGGUCUGUGGCCAUGUUUCACUGCCCAAACUAAAAAUAAUACUUUAUCCUGAUACGGAAAAUCCUAUUGAUAUGGAUAACGUUCUUGAAGAUAUUGUACCAUCUUAUCUGUUAGUUAUGCCUCAAAGGAAAAUAUAUACUCCAUUUGAACCAAUUGGAAAUGCUGUUUUAACUAAAUGAAGCGUUAAAGUUGGUUCAGCUGAAAUAUUUACCAAGAACUUUUGCUUGACAUUUUUAUACAAGUAUUCUUGCAAAUUAAAAGGAGGAAAAUUCUUAAUAUAUUUUAGUCUGUUUUUACCCGAACCGGUGAUUGUUAAAAGUUGCGUUGAUAAGAAUAAAUUGCUUUGGUGAUUUUAGUUAAGCUAAAAUUAAACUAAAAAUUAUGUUAAA